AGCCACAUUUUAUUAUGUGAAACCAUGAAUCAAUCAGACCAUGGUCUGAAACCUCAUCACUAUUAAUUUCUUCACUAAAUCAAAAUCCCCACUAAAAACAUGAAGUCCGUGUUAGAGCAAUAGUUGAACCAACAAGCUAAGCUAGGAUCAUAUAUAUCAUAGGAUUAGUACAGUGUGAGAGCACUUGCAGAUCAGAUCAUCAGAAUCGAAUGGGGAAUUCUCGGAUUCUUCCAUUCUACAUCACAGUAUGCGUAGUUUCGUUCGUGAUCUCGAAGAUUGUGAUCACAGUACUAUGUUAUCGCAGGUGGAAGAGAAAACAAAUGGAGGUUCACGACAGUUUGUCUGCAGCAGGUGGGAAGCUAGUGAUGUUUAGAACAGCGAAGACGAAGGGAGUGAAGAGCAGCGCGUUGGUGAAGAGGACGAUGAAACUGAGCAACAAAGACAUCAUUGGAUCCGGAGGUUACGGGACGGUGUUCAGGCUGUCAAUGGAGGAAGAAUCAGAAUCAGAAUCAGAAUCAUCGUCGGUGUGUUUUGCAGUGAAAAAGCUGAAUAGGAUUAGUGCGGAGCAGGACAGAGGUUUCGAGAGGGAGGUGGAGGCGAUGGCGGACAUAAAACAUAGGAACAUACUCACACUUCAUGGAUACUAUACUACUCCUCACUAUAACCUUCUCAUCUAUGAGCUUAUGCCUAAUGGGAGCUUGGAUCAACUCCUUCAUGGGAAAUGUUCAAACAAGAAGGUAUUGGAUUGGAAUUCGAGAUUAAAAAUAGCUUUGGGAGCUGCAAGAGGAUUAUCAUAUUUGCACCACGAUUGCAUUCCUCACAUAAUCCAUAGAGAUAUUAAGUCUAGCAAUAUAUUGUUGGAUCACAAUAUGGAAGCUCAAGUGUCUGAUUUUGGACUUGCCACUCUUAUGCAACCUGACAAGACUCAUGUUUCAACAUUAGUUGCUGGAACCUUUGGCUACUUGCCUCCUGAAUACUUUGACACUGGAAAAGCUACAAUGAAAGGAGAUGUUUAUAGUUUCGGAGUAGUCCUUUUAGAGCUUUUAACAGGAAAAAAACCGACAGACGAAGUGUUCAUUGAAGAAGGAUCAAAGCUAGUAAGCUGGGUAAAGGCAGUUGUUGCAAGCAAGAGAGAACAAUACGUAGUUGAUAGCAACUUGGAAAAGUGUCCACUAGAUGAGACAAUCCAAGUUUUUAAUGUUGCAAUGAUGUGCCUUGAAUAUGAGCCAUCCAAGAGACCAACCAUGGCUGAGGUUGUUAAGCUGCUUGAACAAAUAAAGCUAGAUGCUUUAGUAUGAGUUGCUUAAUCUUAGGGGGUGUUUCUUAAGGUGUCUGUAUAAUACAAGAAAUAAC